CGCGGCCGGGCGGCGGCCCGCGGCGCCGGCGACCGCCUGGAAUGGCAAAAUUUAGUGACUUUUGGAAGCUUUUCAAGUAUGGCUCCCUGUAGUCACCCAUACACCUGUGCACUGAAUCAAGUGAAGUUGUUCUCCACCAAUGUGCAGAAAGAAGGACCUGGGUCGCAAGCUAUGAAAGUAGAAAAAGUACCAACAAUUGACGAAGCAGCAGAAAAUAUAGGAAUCAAAGCUACACUUAUGAAGCAAGAGCCGCUCCAAGUAAGAGUCAAAGCAGUCCUUAAGAAGAGAGAAUAUGGACCAAAGUACACUCAGAAUAAUUUCAUCACUGGAGUCAGAGCAAUAAAUGAGUUCUGUCUUAAAUCCAGUGAUCUAGAACAACUUCGAAAAAUCCGACGACGAAGCCCCCAUGAAGAUACUGAGUCGUUUACUGUAUACUUGCGAUCAGAUGUGGAGACAAAAUCAUUGGAGGUGUGGGGAAGCCCUGAAGCUCUUGCCAGAGAGAAGAAGCUGCGUAAGGAAGCAGAAAUAGAAUACAGAGAACGGCUAUUUAGAAACCAAAAAAUAUUAAAAGAAUAUAAAGACUUCCUGGGAAACACCAAGGUAAGGCUAUCUUUCUUAUGUGCCUUUUUCCCUGGACCAGGAAAAGUGGUGAUGGUGGCCAUUUGCAUCAAUGGAUUAAACUGUUUCUUUAAAUUUCUUGCCUGGGUUUACACUGGUUCAGCAAGUAUGUUCUCAGAAGCGAUACAUUCAUUAUCUGACACGUGUAAUCAGGGUUUACUAGCAUUGGGCAUCAGUAAGUCUGUUCAAACACCAGAUCCUACUCAUCCGUAUGGCUUUAUGAAUAUGCGAUAUAUUGCUUCACUAAUUAGCGGUGUUGGUAUUUUCAUGAUGGGUGCAGGAUUAUCUUGGUACCAUGGAAUCAUGGGAUUGCUUAAUCCUCAACCUAUGGAAUCUCUUUUAUGGGCUUAUUGUAUUUUAGCAGGAUCAUUGAUCUCAGAAGGAGCAACGCUUCUUGUUGCUGUAAAUGAACUUCGUCGGAGUGCUCAAGCCAAGGGAAUGUCAUUUUAUAAGUAUGUAAUGGAAAGUCGGGACCCCAGUACAAAUGUUAUAUUAUUGGAAGAUACUGCAGCAGUCUUGGGAGUGACAAUAGCAGCCACUUGCAUGGGUCUUACUUCUAUAACAGGCAAUCCUGUCUACGACAGCCUAGGUUCUCUGGGUGUGGGCACGUUAUUAGGUGUGGUCUCAGCGUUCCUUAUCUACACCAACACAGAAGCACUGUUGGGACGAUCCAUCCAGGCAGAACAAGUGCAGAAGCUCACUGAACUCCUGGAGAACGACCCAUCCGUAAGGGCAAUUCAUGAUGUAAAAGCCACAGACCUGGGGUUAGGUAAAGUGAGAUUUAAGGCUGAAGUAGAUUUUGAUGGACGGGUUGUUACAAGAUCAUAUUUGGAAAAACAAGAUUUUGACCAAAUGUUACAAGAAAUUCAAGAAGUGAAAACUCCUGAAGAGCUGGAGGUCUUUAUGCUUAAACAUGGAGAAAACAUCAUUGAUACUUUAGGAGCAGAAGUGGACAGGCUUGAGAAGGAACUGAAGAAACGAAAUCCUGAAGUUCGGCAUGUAGAUUUGGAGAUACUGUAACUUGGAUGGAAUGAAUCAUGUCAUUGGGAGCCCUGGAAGCUUGUUUGCCCCACCCCUCACUCUGCAAAGCCACAGUGAUGUCAGUCCCGGCCCUGCUCU